GGUGAGUACAAGGAUUACUAACGAAGCGAAUUUAAGAACCUUGUUGUGGACGACCAAUAGCUAUGAUAGUUUAGUUAGGCCAGACGACACUGUUAACGUAACAAUCAAACUGUAUCCGAUGUCUUUACUAGACUUAGACAUUGCAGAAGGUUCAAUGACGGCCGUUGGAUUUUUUACUUUUGAAUGGACAGACUCUCGUUUGGAUUGGUCAUCAAAUGCAGCGUAUUCGUCCAUCAUAACUAUGUUUACUACAGGAAAAUACACUUGGUUUCCAUCGUUAGUUCUCCUGAACAGCAUUGACGAACUUGAUAUCCUUAUGGACCCAGACAACCAGAAUCCCAUCCGUGUUGCUAACGAUGGCAGUUGUGAGUACCUUAUGCUCAAAGUGAUGAAAGUGUCGUGUGACACUUACGCCACGUAUUAUCCUUUUGACACGCAGACAUGCAGGCUUGUGAUAGCAUCUUGGGGAUAUAACGAAGCUGAAAUAGCGUUUGUUACAAAAGGGGUAUCAACAUCAUUUUACAUUGAGAAUGGUGAAUGGGAAUACACAGGUGAUGCUGAGAAGUCUAAAGCAAUUACAAGAGGACACCAACAGGUUCCAACGUUAUCAUUUGAUUUGACUUUUAGGCGGCGUCCUAUAUAUCAAGUACUGAACAUAUUUUUGCCGACCGUGAUGAUAGGGUUUCUGAUAUCGGGAGCUUUUGUAUUACCACCUGACAGUGGGGAACGAAUGGGAUACUCUUUAACAACGCUGCUAGCUUACGCUGUUUAUCUCACAAUGGCGGCAGAUAGUUUACCGACGGUGUCUUUAAACGUAGCAUAUCUCAGUAUAUAUCUAAAUAUCACAGUUGUAUCGGGUGGGGCCGUUGUUGUCCUGUCAAAAAUCGUCCUUUCUUGUCAUCACGCCUCCGAGGAUGACCCAAUACCGACUUUUCUGGUCAAAAUGUAUACUGGAUGGGCCGGACAAUUAGCAGGAAUGCGGAAAAUGCAAUGCUUUUGGAACAAAAAUACAAAAGAAACAAAUGUUGUAGAUGUCAAGGAACAAACAACAGAAUCGAAUAACGAGGACUUGGAAACACAGAAGGAGAUGGAGAUUAAUUGGCCGAUCAUCACAAAAUUCUUGGAUAAACUUUUCUUUCGUUUUUUCCUGCUCAUCACAAUUCUUCAACAGAUAGUAUUUGGUAUCAUUUUUCUAUAUGGGUAUUUGUGUGCAUGUAAUCCAGAUAGUUGAUUUUUAUUGAAAUAGAAGAAUUCUUUUGGGCUUAAAGAGUCUCUGUACAAUACUUAAAGUUUUUGUUUGCUAUUUAAAGUACAAUCAUGUAAUUUUAUGCUUAAAAAAGGAAGAAAUUACUGUAGUCUGUCAAUAUCAGAUGGAUAAGUUCGCCUACAGAUGUACACUCUUUUUUCACCACCAAUCUUUGUAAUUCCAUAGAAAAUAUCCCUUUUCUAUCUCUUUGCAAUCUGUACUGUUUGUAGUGAAUACAUUAUGAAGUCAC